AUGCAGAAAACACAUUUACUCAUUUUACAAGGCCAGUUUCUUGAAAUUUGGCAUUGCGUUGUAAUUUCCCAAUGUGUCAUUGAAAGUGUCCAUAUUGAUUUUUCGGAAACAUUUCGUUAUGGGUUUAAAGCUACUGAAGCUGGAAUUAUUUUUUACCACAGUAAUUCAGGUCAUCAUAAAAUUAAUGAUCAGUUAAGAGAAAUCGAUUAUGAUCCAAAUUUCGCGUUAUAUGAUCAUUUGAAGGAGCAUUUAAUUAUUGUUUCUGACUGGAUGGUUGGCUUAGGAGAAGAAUUCAUACCAUGGUUGUCAUCAAAAAUAACUCGACGAUCAAUAACGGGUACGCCAUUGGAAGUUUUUCGCGUUCAAAGAGGUCAACGAUACAGAUUUCGAUUCGUGAGCAGUAUGAGUCAUAUUUGUCCCGCGAUAUUUGAUUUCUACGACUUACAACCUGCAACAGUUGAGUCAUUGGCUUCUACGCUGGGGGAACGCUAUGGCUUUGUCAUUAAUGCAAAUCAGUCAGAAGAUAUACUCUGGUGGCGAAUUAAAACAGUUGGUAGUUGUGAGGCGAGUCAAGUUGAACAAUUUGUUAUGUUGUCAUAUGCAAAACCUGAAAUUAAUUCAGAAGUAUUAACAAAAUCAAUUGCAAAUUUUCAGGAAUAA